UAUGAUACCAGAGCAACGUUCCACGUGUACCUCUCGGUGGUUCACGUUAAAUCGUGACAUUGAAUCAAGCUUAUAAACAGCACAUUAAAUGAAUUGUUCUAAUCCAUAAUGGCGACAAGUGAUUUUGAUGUGGAGCUCUUCGAGCGAAGACUUCACACAUUGAAGGAUUCGCAGGAGUCAAUACAAGGUCUUUCUGCUUGGUGUUUGGAAAGGCGACAACAUCAUAAGAAAAUUGUUGCUACCUGGUUGCAGGUUUUAAAGAAAGUAAAAGUUGAACAUCGUCUUACUCUCUUUUAUCUGGCAAAUGAUGUUAUUCAAUACUCCAAAAGAAAAAAUUUUGAAUUUGUGGAAUCUUGGGGUACAACUUUACAACGGGCAACAACUAUGGUUAGAGAUGAAAAGGUCAAACAUCGUAUAUUAAGGAUUUUUAAAAUAUGGGAUCAAAGACAAGUGUACGACGAAGAAUUUCUCGCAGAUUUAUCAGGAUUAAUUUCGGCAGCUCCAAAAAAAAAAUUAGAGCCUCAACCUACAGCACCACCAGAGGAAUUUCAAGCUGCUUUGCUUAUAUCUACUAUGAGAUCAUGUGCAACAUUAGAACAAGCAACUGAUGCACGAUUAAGAGAUUUACGUGAAAAAGAAGGGUUGAAGAUGCAUGAACAGGCUGAUCAGUUUUAUGAAACUCAAAGAGGUGAAGUGAAAAUAGUUACUAAUGCAUAUAGAAAUUUUGGAAGUCGUGUAAAAAAUUUAAAAAAGAAAUUAGAUGAGCUCUUACCAACACUAGUUUCACCAAUUCCAUCACCAGAUAUAAAUGCUCCAUCUCCAAGUCCUGAUAGUGAUAUAGAACUUCCAGGAGAAGAAAAUCAAUCUCAAAAUCAAUUAGGGAUGAUAGAUGUAGCACCACCAUCUAUGUAUGGUUCAUAUUCACAUGACUAUGAUCCAGUACCUGUACCAGCUCCAGAAAUGGGUCAGGGUAAUGAUUCUGGUGAUUUCACUAAUAAUUUUUCAUCUUUUAUGGGAGGAAAUGUGGACUUUGGUAAUAUGAGAAACAUAUUUAACGAAAGAUCGUCAACGCCGACUGGAAUGUCACAACAGUAUAAUGAUUCGAUAGAGGCUAAACCAAUAGAAGUAAUCAACUUGAGGCCCUCCAAGAGUGAAAAUAGUAGUGCAGAUUUUAAUAUCUCUAGUUUUUUAAAGACUGUUCUUCCUUCAUCUGAUGGAACACAAGAUCCUGGUGGUAUUCCUGGUCUUGGUCUAGAUAUUCCAGAAUCGCAAGUGGAAUCUCCACAGCGUUCGAAUUAUAGACAUUCGCCGGUGCUAGUGCAGCAUCCUGUAACUCCCGUGAUCUCAAGAAUGAUGGGUAAUCAGAACACACCUAUAGGCGUGAAUAAUUGCCCAAUAACUCACAGUACUCCAUUACCUGUUCGAAACUUGUCCGGCGAAUCGCAUACUCCUUCGCCAUAUUCCAGUCAAAACAGUCAGAGUAAUAUUACCGUACCUUUCGAUGGUCCUACUAAUAAUAAUACUGUUAAUCCUUUACCACCUCCACCAUUACCUCCACCUAUUUUUCUCGAUGAUGAAAAUUGUUAUAAUAAAUUACCACCUAAGUUUCCUACAUGGACGCCUCCAACUGAAACUAUGAAGGAAGCAGCUAAAUGGGAAGAGAAGGGAAAAAAUAGCAUGAAUCCAACCUGGCCUGGUGAAUGCGACGAAAAAACAAAAACAUGGAUGGAUGGCGAUACAGAUAGAUGGGAUUCCAAUAAUGAUUCUACAUGGACAAACACUGUUAGAGGAAAAAGUGAAAUUCUAUCUGAAACACCAGAAUCACCACCCAUGUACGAGAAAACAGGAUUUACAGAUCCAGUUGAAUAUGAUGACUCCCAACCACAAGAAUCUCUUUUGAAUGCUGCUGGAGACGUAGACCAUAGAGUAAUACCUAUUCCGAUGACAGUAGAAAAUCAAUUACCAUAUCGUUUAAUGAAAGCAGCGGAUGUUGACCAUCGCAACUUAAUCAGUUUAACAGGAAGUCCGGCAAAUCAUAAUGUCAACGAUACUUUGAAUGCGAUAACUAAUAGUAAUAGUUUGUGGUCUACUGGCGAUCAGGAUUACCGGCAACAUAUGCAACCGGGUGAUAUUGUGGAAAGCGUCGAUAUGGAAAUGUCAGAUGAUGAAACUGACAGUAAACCAAAGGGAAGGGUACUGGUUGAUGUGCGAUCGCAAGACAGAGACAUGAGAGUUGGUAAUCAAGCAGCAUCUUCACAACAUAUGGAUAUGGACAUGCGAAUGAUUCCACUUCCCACGGGGCAAAUGCCGGGAUCGCACGGGCAAAUAAUGCAAGAUGUGCACAUGAUGCAUUCAGGGCCUCCACCACCUCCACCUCCACCACCACAGUUUCAUCCUGGUCAACCGUCUUUUCAUCAAGACCAAUCAGAUUUUCGACACAAUUCUGCAACAGAAUUUCAUCCGGCUCAGUCAAAUUUCCAUCAAAAUAGGCCACCACCAAACUUCAUCCAAAAUCAACAAGAUUUUGGACCAGAAUUCCAUCACAUGCACCAAACUCAAUCAGAUUUUCCGAAACAAGACUUUGAAUAUCGUGAGAAUCACGCAUUACGACCUAAUCAGGAGUUCCUCGGUGAGCCACAAAUGCGCAGCAGAUACUCCCAGUCGACAGAACAUCAACACCGAGACAUGGCCUUCCAUCGAAAUGAUAGGGGAAGUCGUGGUAGCCGUGGAUUCCAGAGGAACCGACGGGAUAGAUACUCGGAUGAUCACAAACAAAGAAACAUUCAAAACAAUCGCAAACCCCGAACACAAGAGCAACAUCAAAGAUCUUCACCGGAGAUCUUGCCGAAUAGUCGACCUUUAUUAGUACCAGCUCCUGAUACUGUUGUCAUUCUCGAUGAAGAGGGUAUGCCAAUAGGGCUGCUGAACGAAAAAGAAACACCAGCGAAUACAGAGCAUGCGCCGGAUACCGAACAAGAAGAACGCUGUCAAGAUCGUAGAUUAUCACAUGGUACUCCAAACUCUCAGGAUCUCGAUCAACAAUCUGUUUACUCAAGUGGAUCGAAUCUUGUUCACGAUCAUGAAUCCGAGCCUCCCACUACGGAUCCGGACGAACAACAAUCGAUAAAUGAAGUGACUGUUGUGUCCGUAAUAACGGAUACCAAAGACUCACAACACAAUCAAUAUGUUCCUAUCUCAGAGUAUGAGGAACAUAUUGAAUCGGAAGCCGUUCUAUCAGAAAAGACCUGUGACAGUAGCGAAUCGGUCGAAAAUCCAGGACCAGAAACAAAUUUUUCUGAGCAAUCACAACAGCAACAACAUAUGUCAGAUCAAUUAGACGAUCUUGGAAAUUCGACGCCAAGCAACGAAUUGAAGAGACCGUCGACGAAUGGUAGUUUUGACGAGAACGAUAUUAGUUCUAGUAAAAAGAGAAUUGCUUUGUCAAACGGUCCUCAGACACCAACAGAGUCUGAUCCCGGACUGAAUGGGCCGAUACCACAGGUUUCUGCGGAAUCGCAUCCAGGAAUAUAUGACUUUGAUGUCCCGGUUGGGCCGAAUUUUCGACCGCGUCUCGGAGGCCCUGUUCCAUUCCCUCCAUGGAGAGGGGGUCCACCAAGAGGUAGAGGUUUCAGAGGUGGACCCAGGGCUCCUUGGAUGGAUAGAGGGCCUCGUGGUCCUGUGAUCGGCAAUUUCAUGCCAAGGGGAUUGAAACGCGGUGGACAAUUCAGGGGUAAUGGUUUUAGAGGUCGAGGACGCGGUAAUAAUUGGUAG